AUGGAGCGGAUGGCACUGAGCGCCGCACCAUUGGAAGCUCAGCCGAAAGCAAGCAGUCUCGAGCCGCAGCAGCCGGACGCUACAUUGAGCACACAGAAGCCAGCUGUUGCCCAGCACAGCAAGUACUCCGGUGCAAGCGGACUGAGUCAGCCUCAGAGCAGGAUGCCGGUGAAUCUGCAGGAAUCAGGAGCUGUUCAGCAGAUGAACAGUGGAGGCUACCAAAGCUUCCCCUGGUGGCAGUGGCCGCGGCAAGCUAGAGAGGCACCGCUCGACCAGACUGAAGAAAUCCGGGAGAUGCAGGAAGAAUUGGCCAGAAUCGCGUCAAGAAGCGGCCAGGAACAGUUUCGCGAACAGGAGGCUCAGAGCCAGAUGCGGUCUCAAUUGAGCAACCAGGCCGAGACCGUACAACUCCUCAUUAACGAGGUACGAAAGUUAGAAGGCGAGACGGAGCAGGAAUCCUCCGCCUUGUCCGGCAUGACCAGAGAUCUCAGGGCCAUGAACAGAAGCCUCCGUGCUUCGUCAGCCCGAAACCGCCUGGAGAUCGGUGAGCUCGCCCAGCACCAGAGGACUGACGAAGCCCAGAUUCUUCAGACCGGCCAGACUCUGAGCGGACUCCUGCAAACACAGCAGCAGGACGAGCUCAAGCUGACCAAUCACGAGGGCUCCAUCAACAAGCUCGGUCAGGUCCAGUUGGAAGAUGAGACAAAGCUGGGGCAAACCGCUCAGCAAGUCAUGGGCAUGGUCAGUCAGGUGGAGUCUGUGGAUGAGUCGCAGAAGCGCAUCAGCUCCGAGUUCACAGCUGCAGAGGAAAAACUGAGUCAUCAAACCCACAGCUUGGAGAGCUUGGCGAAAAACAUUUCAGGCCUCGGCAAGCGUCUGAAGGACACAAGGACCGAAUUUCAGGGUGCACUGCAGUCACACGGUGCGGAAAUUCUUCAGAAUAAGGAAAGUCUGGACAGCGUGGACCAGCAAGUUGAUGCGCUACAGGCUUCCAGAGAGAAGGACAUCCAGCAUCUGUUAGACCUGUCGAAGAGUCACGAGGCGUUGUCCAUGGAGUUUGCGGCGGCGAAACGGAGGCAUGCAAGCCAGAUGUUGGCCGUCAAUGAGUCAGUCAGUGGCAUCAUAGACUACAUGCAAAAGGCUCACGAUGCAGUGGCAGCUCUCAACCAAAGCCGGCAGCAGGAUUUGCUCGGCCUCUCCGAUGAGACGUCUGAACUCAGGGAGCUGAUGGAGAAGGUGAGGGCCCAAGUCAAUCAACAAGGUGAACAUUUGGACAACUUGACAGAGAAGCAUUGGAACAAGGUGGCAGAACAUGAAGACCGGAUGGCAGAGCUACGGCAGCUCAUUGCCAAUCUGUCGAUCGAUACCUCUGAGCCCGUUUGGCUCCUGUAUGAGAAAACAUCGAGGGUAGACAGAUCGAGAGCCAUGCCGGCCGCCUCCCAUCUCUGCGAGAUUAGCCCGACCGGCCAGCUUCUCGAGAUGGGCUUGGACCCGCUUUUUCUCCCGGCAGAUACAAAAUCUCUGGGCGUUCAGACAGACGGGAGCAAGGAUUUUCAGCUGCAGCAGCUGGCAUAUGAAAAUGAUGGGCGGAUAGAGCCCGCCUUCAAGCAGCCGGCAGCCGCUUCUCAGGUUCUGAAGCUUGCCAUCGGGUUGCUGGGUUUGGAAGUCCACGAGAAGCCUAGAGAGUGGGCGGAGGUUUGGCUCACCUUCAAGGACAACACCGGGAAGCAGCUGGGCAUCAGCUCCCAAGUCUCCGAAGCCACGCACGAUCCCGACUUCAGGAAGAACCAAACGGAUUGGCAGCAUCAGGUCUUAUCUCAUCUGCGCCAGCUUCGCGAUCCGCCCAGCAAGAGUACUCUGGCCACGAAAGGUGCAGCACAUGCAGAUGUCGCCCCCAGGAUAGGACCUCAUGCAGGAUUUAAGGAGCAGCUGGAGCUUGCAGAUUUCGCACUGCAUCGCAUCACGCAUGCAGUCAAUGUUCUGCAGAACCCCGGUUGUCGAGACAGACCCGAGAUUCUGCAAGGCUACACGGAGGCGAUAGGGGCAAACCCGCACGCCCUCACAGACAGACAGUCGGACGGACGGACAGACACAGACACAGACACAGACACAGACACAGACACAGACACAGACACAGACACACACACAGACACAGACACACACACACACCCCCACGCACGCACGCACGCACGCACGCACGGCACGCACGCACGGAGAUCAGAGAACCCUGAACCUGAGACACCCCCGGCCCCUGGGCUCCGAGAGUGCCCCGGCAGCCAGCAGGGCCGGCACAAGCUGACCAGUCCACAGCUUGUGCUGAACCUUCGCACGACCAACAAUACUCGUAGCAGCCCUAGGAGCACUUGUUGCCUUGGUGCUCGCAGUAGCAGCAGCAGUUGCAGCAGCAGUAGCGGCAGCAGCAGUAGUAGUCGUCGUCGUCAUCGUCGUGCUGGUGGCGGUGGUGGUGGUGGUGGUGGUGGUGGUGGUCGUGCUGCUGCUGCUGCUGCUGCUGGUGCUGGUGCUGGUGCUGGUGCUGCUGCUGCUGCUGCUGCUGCUGCUCGUGGCGCUUCAUUAUUGUGA